AUGGACCCAAGAAACGUCCCAGCCGAGCAGAUAGCGUCGCCAACAAGUCCAACGUUUUCGGCCGGAUCUUCUGGAAGAACGAGCUUUCAAAGCCAUGGUCGGCACCUAUCAAUGGUGUCUGAAAGCGCAGUGCCGCCUCGAACGAACCGAUUCUCCGUGCAGUUUCCAAUUCCCGCAGAUUUACAGAGUCCAAUCCGCACAUCAACCUCACCUGUACGGGAGCAGGCGACGGACAGCAUAGAGGGUUCAGAUACUCAGAAUGAUCCGUCGGACGGCAACUACUUACAUCUGAUCGCCGCCCAGGAACGGCGGGUGCUGGAAUUGAAAGAGGAGUUGCAGAAGGCAGAAGCAGAUCUGAAUAGGUUAAAGAGAGAUUGGGCACGACACGAGGCGAACAAGAAACGUGAUGAUGUCAGGCGACUGACGAGACUCCAAACAUUGCAAACUGCCUUACCUGCGUCAGUACCCGACGAUGAUACAGAUGGAUCAAGCGCUUGGAUACAGCAGGAGAUGGAACGUCGCAAGGCGCUUCUGUCAUCAACGAGGACCAGUAAUCGCACUGUUCUUCCGGGCCAGCGGCAUACGAGAGCACUAUCGUUGCUUUCACCGGCAAGAGACAACAUCAAAACGAUGACUCCUAUAAUUCAACCUCCACCACCUCCACCGCGGAAAGACAGCCUUAGGAAGGAAAUCCCAGAGCGUCCAGAUGGAGUGACCCCACAACCACGGUUGAAUAGAGCAUCAACCACUGGAAAUGUGUCCAGUGACGCACCUAUCCCGGCCAUUGCUGGUCUAAAUCCCGCAGACGCAGCAGCACUUGAUCACGAAAGCCUCAUUCGUGCUGGCAAAAAGGUCGCAACAGGAUUCAAAGAUGGGCUUUGGAACUUCUGGGAGGAUCUGCGGCAGGCCACUGUAGGCGAGGAAUCUACACAAAUACCGCCACCACCCAGAAGGAAAAGCUCGACGCAGACUCUCAAGACCGCAAGGAAGCAAAGCAGCAAGAGCAGUCUACAAGGGUCUUCGAGGAGCUCAUCGACGAUUGGCAAAGACUACCCAACACUUGGCCGUAAGGAGUCAUCGAAAGCGCUUCCAGAUCUUGCCAACCCAUCCUUUUGGACUGACCAUGGCGUGAACCUCCCACCACCCCCACAAGCGGCUACGAAGAAGACACCCACUUCUAGACAAGCAAGACCUGCAGAGCCUGCCAAGCGACUGUCGACAGCCUCUAGUGAAGCUUGGGAUACUUGGGACGACAGCCCUCAGCAGUCCAGAUCGAGCAGUAGCGUUACAUCCGAAGCCACCACGCUACCUUCAACGGUAUCUGGCAGCCCGAGGACAAGCUUGGCCAUAAAUCGCGAGUCGAGAGAUCUGUCGAAGAAGGAUGCUAUCCCAUGGCCAGCGCUCAAGAAGUCUGGAAUCGGGAGUCUCCGCAGGACGGCAAGCAAUCUCCUGACAGAGUGGGAGAAGAGUCUCACACCAAGCCCGGGCGAAGAAUAUCAAGGAGAGGCAUCGGAUUACAUGGGGGCCAGUGCUGAAGCUGCUGCUUAUGGAGCUUCGAGAAGGAAGAAUGAUUGA